AUGCCAGUCCCAAAUACCCUCUCACGAUCAGAAACAUGGCGCCUACUGCUCCUCGUGGGAGCCGGUCUCGGCAUCCUGGUCAACACGUUCCAGGGCGAUGGCGCGCCGGUGAUAGCUUCAAUUGCUCUGUCUUUCAUUGCUUUUGCAGUCGCUUUCAGCAUGAUUCGCUGGCUUGGUCCUGUCUUUAUCAAGGCAGGUCUCAAGGGAAAAGAUAUGGCUAAGCCCAGAAAGCCUGAAAUACCGGAAACAAUGGGUGCGGUCUGUGCCGUGGUUUAUCUGCUUUCCCUCAUCAUUUUCAUUCCCUUUGCCUUUUACAAGGAUAUUGUCGCAGCCACGUCAGGUGGAGGCAAUCGGGAUGUUGUUAUCGAAGAUCAACACAUCGAAACUGGGCGGUUCCUCCACAGAUUCCCUCAUGGGAGGCUUGCCUCGUAUCUCUCGGGUCUUUUGUCUUUGCAAUGUAUUAUCAUCCUAGGAAUUGGAGACGACCUUCUCGACAUUCGCUGGAGACACAAGGUCUUGAUUCCAGCAUUUGCAGCCAUUCCCAUGCUGGUUGUUUACUUUGUCGAUUUUGGCGUGACACAUGUCGUCGUACCCGUCCCCCUGCAACGGUACCUUGGUGAUUUUAUUGACCUCGGGUGGCUGUACUACAUGUACAUGGCAGCCGUUGCAAUCUUCUGCCCCAAUGCCAUCAACAUGCUGGCAGGCAUUAACGGCAUUGAAGUUGCUCAAUCGCUGGUCAUUGCAGUCCUUCUACUUUUGAAUGAUGCCAUGUACCUGGCUCCCAUUACCCCAUACCCCCAUCCGGCUACCGACUCUCACUUGUUCUCGAUCUACUUCUUGCUGCCCUUCAUUGGUGUUUCAACCGCGCUUUUGUGCCACAAUUGGUAUCCCUCCAAGGUGUUUGUGGGUGAUACUUAUUGUUAUUUUGCGGGUAUGGUGUUUGCUGUUGUGGGUAUUCUGGGACACUUCAGCAAGACAUUGCUGCUGCUGUUCGUACCGCAGAUCUUCAACUUCCUUUACUCAACACCCCAGCUCUUCCACAUCAUUCCCUGCCCACGCCAUCGACUUCCGAAGUUUAAUGCCUCGACUGGGUUACUUGAUGCUUCUGUCACGGAAUGGAUGGUUCCACCUUCCCCAUUGAUCGCCUUCGCUCUCGACACACUGCACACACUACGCUUGGUGCGUGUUCAGAAAGAUGAAAAAGGACAAAUUGUCGAAUCGACGAAUCUGACAAUUUUGAAUCUCUGGCUCGUGUGGAUGGGCCCAAUGAGGGAAGAUCGACUUGCAUGGCAUAUGGUUGCGGUCCAGACCGCGUGUGGAUUUUUUGGUCUUUUCGUAAGACACCGUCUCGCUUUACUGGUCUUUAACCAAGAUAACCGGACAUUUCAGUCCGUUGUAUAG